AUGGAUCGACUACCACAAGAGAUAACCGACUCAAUCGUCGAAGCCUUUGUUCAAGAUCUUGAAAAGGCACCCCCCACGAGAUUGAGCAAAUAUAGUACCAUCUCCAAGGCUUGGCGGCGUGCUAUAGAACGGCGGCUUUUCACCAAGAUUGAUGGUAUUGCCUCUGGCUCGUUCCAGUUGUCCAUCUUCAAAAAUCUCCUGGCAGGGGAAGGCAACAGGCAUCGUCGGGAAUCGGUCAGAAGCUUCACCUACACUACCUAUCUCGCAUUUCGAGGACAGCAGGACAUGUUGGACUUUGUUCGCGAGAGCCAACUUAGACUCCUGGAUGAGUUCAGCCAGCUGUUCACUGUCAUUAACGACAUAUGGCCGACCGACCAGGGAACAAACAGUUCUUCUACACAGCCACUGGCGCUAACCGUCAGUAUCGUCGGAAUCGGACACUGGAAAUCUGAGUACGAUGAGAGUACCUUCACAUCUCCACAAGCGGCAACAAGCCUUCCACUCACUCCGGCGAUUACCUCCCUCGAAAUCGUUUUCGAUCAGGCAUGGAACAAGGGGCGCUGCCCUCGGCGUUUCAAACAAUCAGGCGGGGGCAACCAGGUACCUCCUUCAUGGAUCUUGGAACCGUUGAUGGCAAAGCUGCCGUCGGUUGACAAACUCUCGUAUGAGAUGUUCAACUUCCUCGGGCAGGAACAAUUUCGGGACCGUUUGUUCACAGGCACGUUCGAAUUCCUCUCUGGCCCAAUGACUGCAAACUUGACCGAGCUAUACCUCCACGUCGGUCCGUUUGGCCUCAAUACCUUCAACCAAACUCCCAGCGAACUCUGGGUCUCCCAGAUGGCUAGGAACACCGACGAAGACGACUACAGUCCCCGCUUCAACGCCGCGUUGAGACAACUUAGUCAACAGCUCAGUAUCCUCCACGUCUCCGGGCUGUUCGCAGUCCACCCUGAGCUCUUCUACCCCAAGGAGCUCACUAGACCACACGACAAAGUCCAGGAAGCCAGUCCUGCGCCGAGCCAGCAUCAACCACCAUUCUGGCCACGCCUUCGGGAAGUCAAGAUCGAGUCGACGCUCUAUACAGACGGUGAUAACUAG